AUGGAGCAGCAGAAUCAGAAUCACAGCCAGUCAUCGCUGGAUAUAUACGAAGCUUGCUUGAAGUGCUCAGAGCUUUUGACCGAGUACUUACGCAACCCUUCCACCCCUAACAAGGAUGAGGCCGAAGACUUACAGAGCCGGUUCAACUUAUGGGCGGCCUAUACUGGAGCGUUCGCUGCGGCCGACGCCUCUUUGGACGACCGGCUAAAAUUCCACGACGAAAUCAGGGUGAUGGUCUUGAAACUGCUCUCCAUGUUACAAAGAAAUCUUCGAAGUGCAAUCGAAAGAAGGCAAGUCGCCCAUACGACCUCGACGUCGGCAACCGUUGAUACUCCCUCCCCCGUGUCGCCAGAUUCGGAGUCAAUACCUGCAACACAGUCCUAUCAUGGCUUGCAGGCUGUUUCUGCCGCGCUGGAUCGUCUUCACAGGCUUGCUACCGCUAUCCGGCGAUCCUCGGUGACCAGGUCCGAGAAACUUUCCACAAGCACUAUGCCAUCAGAAGAAGAUGCCUACUUCGAAACUUGCAUCUUCAACUUUAUUCAAGGUCGAUUCCCUGCUGCUAGGCUGGGCUUGAUCAAGCAGUUGACUGCCGCCCUUUGCUUUCACCGCAAGCGGCUAGCUUAUCAAUCCAGGCACAACAAGAAAUUGGCCUAUAAACGGCAACAGGAGCCUAUCACCGAACAAGACCAAACAAUACAAUCAUUACCACGUCAGGGUAGCGACCCCCAGCUGCCGGUUCUCCGGGGAGUGAUCCGGGCAGCUGCGAGCAGGGUCGCAUCUAGUGGAGUAUUCUCAAGGACCAACGCUUCAAUUCCCAGCAUUGUACGAUUGAAUCGAACCCUAGCCGAGCCUCGCAGACCAACGCCAUCUAUUGCAAGCACUGGGACGGCCACCGUCUCUGGUGAAACAUACUUCUAUCCAGAACCACCUUCUCCGAGAGACCGCAGAUAUUUGCCAUGUCCAUACUGUGCAGAGACUCUAGAUGUCUCGAAACUGGAUAUGGCGAGAAGGACUAACGUCGAAUUCUGGAGAAACCAUCUGAACGAGGAUCUUCACCCGUACUUUUGUAUCGCGGAUGAAUGCCGGAAUCCUUUGCGAUUCUUCGUCGAUUAUGAGGCUUGGUUGGGCCAUAUUACGAAUACGCAUCCCCCGGAAUGGCCCAGAUCCAUCCAUGGGACAGUAUGGGUUUGCAAUAUGUGUUCUGAGCCGCCUCCGCUGUUCAAUGGAGCGGCGGAAUUCGAGCUCCACAUGAGCUCAACGCACGGUGAUCUGACAAAAUCACAGAAGUUCGUACGGACGAAACGGAGCAGAACUAGGGCCCUUCGGGACCAGUGGGUUUGCCCGUUAUGCGACUGCAUACCGUCGAAACUCUCCAAGAUCAGCCCAAAUGAGCAAGACACUGAGGCUCGUGCUGUGUUCGAAAAACACAUCGGAUCCCAUUUAAAAGCACUGUCGCUCUUGUCUUUUCGAUUUCACUCAUCUGAACAAGAUGACGGCGACCUUUCAGGGGUUUCGACCACCGAAAAUGUUUCCACUGAGGCGAUCCUCCCCGAGGCCGAUGAGCCAGAGUCCUGGAAAGAUUCUCACAUUCCAUCAAGCGGCGGUACUCUUUAUCGGGACACGAGUCCUGUGCAGUGGAUGACAAAAGAUGAAGAAGAUCUUGAACCCCCCCAGUUGCCAGGAUCUGGGUCGUGGGACUUCAUGCCAAACUUUGAAUACCUCCCGACCCCAGACAUACCGCUUCCAGGCACCAGGCUAGAUGACUCGGGUUUCCUCGAGGAGUACCAAGCCAUUUGGCAACUUCGCUCCACAGACCCUGGCCACGAGAGACUUCCUCAAUCGAUGGAUCCGCCUGGACCAAGCCAAAGCACAGAAGCGAUCAUUGCAGUAAUGGGGAGGCGUGGAGCAGGGAAAACCUCCUUGGUUCAAAGCAUCAACGGAAGAGACGAUCUUCAUCUCAUUGACACAACAGAUUCAAUUGGUGGGCAUUCAAUUGGUGGGCGUAUAACGGCUUACAGGCCCGACAUUGACACCCAUGCAAACUCCCGAUAUACUAGGUUGACCCUGCUGGAAUUUCCAGGAUUCACCAGGUUUGGGCUGAAAGAGCAAGUUGAGCACAUCUUGGCGCACCUCGACGCCAAUUUUAGAGGCAGAAAGUUACAUGGUAUCAUCUACGCGUUUGAUAUCACUAGGCCCCAGUUCGACGAGCUAGACCCUGUCUUGACCGCCAUUAUGGAGCGUCUCUGUGAACUUGUUUUUUGUCCCAACCUUGUGUUGGCCACGACUCACUGA